AUGAGUCCAUUCCGCAUGGUUUGUGGCAAAGCUUGUCACCUUCCAGUGGAGGUGGAGCACAUAGCUUUCUGGGUGGUAAGGGAAUGCAACAUGGGAUUUGAGAAGGCCGGAGCUGAAAGGAAGCUGCAACUACAAGAAUUAGAGAACCUUCGACUCGAAACAUAUGACAAAUCCAGGCUAUACAAGGAGAAGGUGAAGGUUGUGCAUGACAAGCAGAUCAAGAGGAGAGAGUUCAGACUUGGGGAGUUAGUUCUCGUUUACAACUCCAGGUUGAGGCUCAUGCCAGGCAAGCUGAGAUCAAGAUCGGAAGGUCCCUACAGAGUAGAGAAGGCAGAUCCAUACAGCGUCUUUCACCUGAGUCAUCCUUCAAGCUCCAAAUUCAUCAAAGUCAAUGGCCACCGCUUGAAGCUGUAUCAUGGUGAGAAGAUGAAGCGCAACAAAGAGCUAGAGAUUUUCCUCUUGGAGGAUCCACCAACAACAGAAGACUGA